UGAAAGGAGAUUCUCUGUUUAUCAUCUCCCAACAAAUUUACUGGCCAACAAAUAAGAAAGUCCCAGAAGGAAAUAAAUCACGAAAGUGAUGUUUUUAUUAUUUUGUCAGAAUUAGCAUUCUGAUCUUUGGGUUUCUAGGUCUUCUCUCCUCUUUUUAUUAAAGAAUUGUGAAGUGGGAACUAAGUGUCUGGUGUCAAAUCUUAUCAGGGUUCCUGUAUGAAAGGCAACCUUAUUUCUCUCUGAAAGAUUUGUUAUUCCUCCCCACUAUUUGACUUGAAAGGUCUAUGAAUGGCACAGAGAGGCGGAGUCUCUUAAUUCAUGUCACUGGCAUAAGGGUGAUUAUGGAGUGGAACAUGAGUUGAAAAUUUAAGUUCAUGUAACUCUUGAGUUUGUUUGUAACAUUAGGGCGCAAGUUGUGCUGUUAAUGCUAUCAUGUUGCUUGAUAUAUUCCUCCACCCCACAGUUCCUGCGGUGCUGCUGGGGUUCUUUCUAAUUGGGAAGGAUAUUCCAAGUCUAAUUGGGAAGGAUAUUCCAAGGAUAAUGGAGGGAAACAUUCAUGUCUCAGGAUCUGGGCACUUGGGCGGCACUGCAGUAGCAGCCAUAGCCUGGGUACGACUUCGGAUGGGGCUUCGGGUAUUCUAAAUGGUUCUGCAGAUUACUUGGCAACAUUUUGUAGAUGUUCUGGGAGAUCAUGGCAUGGGAGGGUAUCCAGUAAUGACGUGCUUUUAGGAUUGAUUAUAGCUAAUUUUGCUGUUUUUCUUUUAUGGAAGAUAGCAGAUCCUGUAUUCAUGGUCAAGAAUUUUACUCUCUCACUAUACAUUAUCACAAGUGGACGUCUUCACACAUUGAUAACUUCUGCAUUUAGUCACUUGGUUGUUGAGGAUAUUCUUCUCAACAUGUUCCUACUCUCUGUCUUUGGGAAAGAUGUUGGAAGAACUUUUGGCCCUGAAUUUUUGCUAAAGUUGUAUCUAGCUGGAGCUAUUGGUGGCUCAGUCUUUUACUUGGUGCAAUAUGUCCUGCUUGCAUCAAAGGACGGAGACCUUUCAAACAGUCCCAUAUUGACAUUGGGCGCACAAGGUGCUGUUACUGCUGUGAUGUACUUUGACUUGUUACAACCCUGCACAUGCAUUCCAGCUUUCCUCUACUAUCUGAGCAUUUUACUGAUGGCCUAUCAAAUUGGGGAUUCCAUUUCAAGGAUCAUACAGGGAAACAGUAGCUCAGGAAAUGCACAUGUGGGCGGCGCCGCAGUAGCAACUAUUGCCUGGCAGGUUUUGAAAUACCGAAUCAUUCACCCACACAAACUUGGAUGUUGAACUUUUC